AAAAAAAAAAUGACAGCAUAAAAUUUGUUGUGGCGAAAACGGGAAAAUUUCGACGCGUUUCGUUAAAGCUAUAAAAACCUAAUUUUUACUUCAAAUCGCUAUCCGAUACAAGUUAAAUUCAGUGCAUACUAUGUCGGUUCCACCGGUCGGCGGAGGGCAUCCAUUUCCGGCGAUGGUUCCGUUCAGUGUACCCCCACCCGGAUUCGGACCGCCAGGUGCUGCAGCACCAAUGGGAGGAGCCAGUGGACCAGAUCACGGCGCCAUGCCUACGAUACUGCCAAUGGUGGUUCCGUCGGUGGUCAGCGAAUGGACGGAACAUAAGGCCCCGGAUGGACGAACCUACUUCUAUAACAGUGUUACCAAGCAAAGCUCCUGGGAAAAGCCCGACGAACUUAAAUCGCCAGCCGAAAAGUUGCUAUCCCAGUGUCCCUGGAAAGAGUAUCGCUCCGAUCAAGGAAAGGUGUAUUACCACAACGUUAACACCAAGGAAUCGCAAUGGGUAGCUCCACCGGAGUAUGUUGAGCUGAAGGAGAAAGUCGACGCCGAACGGGCUGCUGGGGAAGCGGCUAAGGCAGUUGCUAUGAAAACAGUUGCCGCUGCUUCAGUUGGUGCGAUUCCAAUGUUGAUUCCCCCGGUUGUUCUACCAGUUGUAUCACCGGCACUGGCCGCCGCAAGCGAUUCGCUUACGUCCUUAUCCGGUGUUACUCCGGGGUCGGCAGAGAAUUCGUCUUCAGCUUUGGAUCAGGCCAUGGCAGCGACGCUGGCGGCCAUUGAAGUUCCCGAGGAUCCUGCCCCUAAAAAGGAAGAGGAAGAACCUGUACCGACAGAGGAGGAACCGGUAGUAGAAUUCAAGGAUAAGAAGGAGGCAAUUGAAGCUUUUAAAGAAUUCCUCAAAGAGAAGAAUAUUCCCUCCAGUUCGAGUUGGGAGCAAUGUGUUAAAAUUGUGCAGAAAGAUCCGAAGUUUAAUAUAUUUAAGAAGCUUCAGGAAAAGAAGCAAGCAUUUAAUGCGUACAAGACGCAGAAACAAAAAGACGAGAAAGAAGAGCAACGCAAUAAGCUGAAACGUUCUAAAGAAGAGCUGGAAAAAUUCCUCAUGACUUCGGACAAAAUGAAUUCAACUAUGAAGUAUUAUAGAUGCGACGAGCUGUUUGCUAACAUGGAUGUUUGGAAAACCGUGCCGGAACAAGACCGUAGAGAUAUCUAUGAAGAUUGUAUAUUCAACCUUGCUAAGCGCGAGAAAGAAGAGGCUCGUGUUUUAAAGAAACGUAAUAUGCGAGUAUUGGGAGAAUUGCUUGAAGCUAUGACGUCCGUUUCUCACCAGACCACGUGGUCAGAAGCACAGGUAAUGCUGCUGGAAAAUGAUUCUUUCAAAAAUGAUGUAAACCUUUUGGGUAUGGACAAGGAAGAUGCUCUGAUUGUCUUUGAAGAGCACAUUCGCGCAUUGGAACGUGAAGAAGACGAAGAAAAGGAGCGUGAAAAAAAGCGCCAAAAACGUCAACAGCGUAAAAACCGAGACCAGUUUCUGGCAUUACUAGACGGUCUUCACGAGGAAGGAAAGCUCACAUCGAUGUCCCUGUGGGUUGAGCUGUAUCCAAUCAUUUCUGCCGAUUUAAGAUUCUCUGCAAUGCUUGGGCAAAUCGGUUCCACCCCAUUGGAUUUGUUCAAAUUCUAUGUCGAGAAUCUGAAAGCACGGUUCCAUGACGAGAAAAAGAUUAUCAAAGAAAUCCUCCGAGAGAAAGAAUUCUUCGUCCAAUCGGUUACCACGUUUGAAGACUUUGCUACCAUCGUUUGCGAAGACAAACGUUCGGCUACCUUGGAUGCUGGCAACGUCAAAUUGACGUACAAUUCAUUACUAGAGAAGGCGGAAGCUGCCGAGAAAGAACGACUCAAAGAGGAAACUCGUCGAAUUCGUAAGAUGGAAAACGAGCUCAAGGGAAUAUGGAUCGAGGCUGGUUUGUCUGCUGGCGACAGUUGGGAAAUUGCUCAGCGUUUGGUCAUGGAUACAGACGUUUACGAGCUGUACGAGAAGGAGGACAAAGUCGAGCGGCUUUGGGAAGAAUUUGUCAAGGAAGCGGAAGAUUCCUGCAGUCAUCAUCAUUCAAGAUCGAAAAAGUCGAAGAAAAAUCGGAAGCACAAAAAGAAAUCUCGGUCCUCGUCGAAAUCGGAAUCCGAAAUGUCGGAACCAGAGUAUGAGAAAGUGUCAAAGAAAAAGCGCAAAUCAAGAUCUCGAUCCCGUUCCAAAACUUCUGAAUCGGAAAGCGAAGGUCAACAAAGUGAACGGGACCGGAAGAAAAAGAAGAAGAAGAAGCACCGGAAGCAUUCGCUUUCCCCUGCAUACGAAGAAGCCUCCUUGCUGGCGUUAGAGACGAAGAACGGGGCAUCGUCCAGGACACCGUCGCCAGAAAUCGAGCGCAAGAAGAAAAAGAAAGACAAGAAAAAGAAGGAUAAGCGCCGUUCCAGAUCGUUGAGCAAAGGCAGCGGUAGCGGCGGUCGUUAUCGGUCACCUGGACUUGAAGGUAGCUCACCCGGUUCGCCCAAACUGCCGGAAGAUGACGGCGCACUUUCAGAGUCGGAACUGGAAUCACAGCGAGCAGCAUUACUGGCGCAGCUAAACGAACAAAUGGACGAGUGAUACAGAAACUGACAAGUUCACAAGGCGAACCCACAAGUAAGUGAGUUGUAACCUUACUACAUAUUUUCCUUUGAGCGCAGUGCGAGAAUUUUCCAUUCUAUAUGUUUUAAACCUAUUAAUUCGCCUGCGGUAGAUUUAUGAUUACAACCAUUCUGCAAAUGACUGAUCAACGUGUCCGCUUAUCUGUGAGAAUA